AUGGAAUCAUCAAAACUUUUACUUAUUGCUGUUCUUUAUUUAUUGGGAUCUCCAAUUGCUUAUGCUGGAGAUUCAGUAACCUGUACUGCCGGUGGUGGUCAAUGUACUGGUACAUUAAAAUGUGUGACACUUGGAGCAGAUAGUGUAUGUGUUGAUCAAUGUACUGUUGCUGAUGUUGCUACACAAUGUGGAACUGGAGCUACUUGUGGUGAUGUAACUGAUCUUGAUGGUGCUACAGUAAAAAUUUGCGCUACAGCAAAAGGAUGUUUAACUGAUACUGAUUGUAAAAAUGCUGACCCAACAAAACCUAUAUGUAAUCUUUAUGUUUUACAAUGUGAAGCAGCUGCUGUUGUAACUACAACUACAACUACAGUUGCAAGUAAUACUACAGUAAUUGAUACCACUACUCCAACUACUACAACUACAAUUAAACAAGUAAUUAUUACUUCUCCUCCAUGUGUUGAUAAAGUUGUUGGUGGACCAAAUGAUUGUUCAGCAUUGGCUUCUUAUUGUACCAAUGAACUUUAUCUUGAUUUAAUGAAAGAAAAAUGCCCAAAAACAUGUGGGUAUUGUUCUAACAAUGGAAAUUCAUCUGGAUCAUCAGGAACUUCUACAUGCCGUAAUGCAUUGUCUGAUUGUGUAAACAAAGCAUACUUAUGUAAUACUUCUGUUUACAAAAAUUUUAUGAAAACAAAUUGUGCUGCCACUUGCGGAUAUUGCUAA